AGGAUGAACAACGUCAGCCUGGAUCUUCUGCAGCUGGAGGGGUUAAAGGUCAGCCCCGGGGCCUCUGUUCCUGCCUUCGUCCUGCUCCUCCUCAUCUACGUCUUCAUCAUGGUGUCUAACCUGGGCCUGGUGCUGCUGAUCUGCACCGAGCCGAGCCUCCACCAGCCCAUGUACCUGCUCUUCUGCAACAUGAGCAUCAACGACGCGUUCGGAGCCACCGUGGUCAUCCCUCGGCUGCUGAGCGGCGUCUUCCUCCCGGGUUCGGACCGAUACAUUUCUUACGUGGACUGCGCGGUUCAGGCGUUCUGCGCUCACCUCCACGCGAGCGCCACUCACACCGUGCUGAUGAUCAUGGCCUUCGACCGCUACGUGGCCAUCUGCAACCCGCUGCGGUACGCCGCCAUCAUGACCAACAAGAUGCUGGUGAAUCUGUCGGUGUCGGCGUGGACGGUUUCUCUCCUCCUGGUGGCCGUGCUCGUGGGCCUCAGCGUCCGGCUGUCGCGCUGCAGGCGGAUCAUAUUCAACCCGUUCUGUGACAACGCCUCCUUGUUCAAACUGUCCUGUGAAAGUGUCCUCAUCAACAACAUCUACGGCCUCGGCUACACCGUGGUCCUGCUGGGCUCCUCCCUCGGCAGCGUCACGCUCACCUACCUGAGGAUCGCCAUGGUGUGUCUGAGCAGCAGGAACAAGGGGCUGAACCACCGGGCGCUGCAGACCUGCGCCUCCCACCUCGCCCUCUACAUCAUCAUGUUUGUCUCCGGCUCCAUCAUCAUCAUCCUCCAUCGUUUCCCCAGCCUGUCCGACCACAGGAAGCUGGCCUCCAUCAUGUUCCACGUGGUUCCUCCCGCCAUGAACGCCGUCAUCUACGGACUGCAGAUCAAAACGGUCCGAGAGAAAAUCAGCAUCCUGUUCACAAAGAAAAACCACAGACCUCAAGGUUGA